UCUGGGGCAGAAGUGACUAGGUAAAGAUGCAGAGAAUAGUUCAGAGCAAUUCCUUCCUUGCCUUCGGAGCAGCCGUUUGGCCUCCCGCUCGCCUGCCCAGGCUCAUCCCUCAGUGCUGCCGGGCCAUGUCAUCUCAGAAGCUGCUAGUGUCUCCUCCCCCGUCACUGCUGAAACCUUUUGUGAUUCCAGACAAGCUGUUGUUGGGACCUGGGCCUUCCAAUCUUCCUCCCCGGGUAAUGGCAGCUGGAGGACUCCAGAUGAUUGGACAUAUGCAUAAGGAGAUGUUCCAGAUUAUGGAUGAAAUCAAAGAGGGGAUUCAGUACGCUUUCCAAACCAAGAACCAAAUCACUUUGGCCAUCUCUGGUUCUGGACACUCUGCCAUGGAAGCUGCCCUCUUCAAUGCCUUGGAGCCCGGUGACUCAGUGAUGGUGGGAGUCAAUGGAAUCUGGGGCCAGCGGGCAGCUGAUAUCGCUGAGAGAAUAGGAGGAAAAGUACACCAAUUAGUGAAGUCCCCUGGAGGAUAUUAUACCCUGCAAGAUAUAGAAAAGGGUCUAAUACAGCAUAAGCCUGUGCUGCUUUUCCUCACACAAGGAGAAUCUUCCAGUGGAGUCCUGCAGCCUCUAGAUGGAUAUGGAGACCUUUGCCACAGGUAUAACUGCUUACUCCUCGUCGACUGUGUGGCGUCGCUAGGAGGAACUCCAAUCCACAUGGACAAGCAGGCUAUUGACAUUUUGUACUCCGGCUCUCAGAAAGUCUUAAACGCCCCUCCCGGCACCUCCAUCAUCUCUUUCAGUGAGAAAGCCAGAAAGAAAAUUUUCAGCCGGAAGACAAAACCCGUUUCCUUUGCUCUAGACAUGAGUUGGCUGGCCAAUUUUUGGGGCUGCGACGACAAGCCGAGAAUAUAUCACCAUACCACGCCAGUUAUCAGCCUAUACAGUCUGCGAGAGGGUUUGGCCAUCCUAGCUGAACAGGGUUUAGAGAAAUCUUGGAAGCAUCAUGAAGAGGUGACUCAGUAUCUAUAUGAGGAGCUGCAAAAACUGGGCCUCAAGCUCUUUGUGAAGGAGCCGGAGGUGCGAUUACCCACCGUCACCACUGUGGCGGUGCCUGAGGGAUACAACUGGAAGGAUAUAGUAGACUUUCUUAUGAAUAAGUACGGAAUAGAAAUCACGGGAGGCCUGGGUCCUUCCAUAGGAAUGGUGCUGAGGAUCGGACUCUUAGGCUAUAACUGUAGCAGAGCUAAUGUCGACAAGGUCAUUCAGGCCCUAAGGGAGGCACUCAAGCAAUGCCCUAAAAACAAGAUUUGAAGGAGAGAAUCCUCUGGGCCGACUCAGAAGAGACUCCCUCACCCACUGCCAGCCAGAACUCACCAAUGCUUUCUUUGGAAAUAUGUCAAUGUAAUCUUUGGAGAAAGGAGGGAGAAGAAAUAGAUGCAGGUUUUUUUUUUCAGAUAAGAAAUAGUAGUAGAAGGGAGAAUAUAGGGGGUGAGAAAGUGAGAAGAUGAAAGAAGACACUGAGACAAGAUUUUUUUCUGCUCUAGUAGUCCUUUCUCAUUUUAUUCUUGACUUUAUGAACCAUUUUCUCUCCUACCCAAAUUUAUCUAUUUUGAAGACUGAGCAACCCAAAAACUCUGUUGAAAAAAUUCACACAGUCUUGGGUAAUUCCAAGAGCUUUCUGAAUUUGAGCAAUUUUUUUCUUUCUUUUUGUUUAAAAAACAACCUACAUGGGAAUUUUAGAGUGUUUUUUUCUAGAUAAAUGGAAGUCUAUGUGAUGUAAUCACUGUCCUUUUUGGAGGACAACCAGGGAAAUAAAAUGUUGCAACUCCAAA